AUGACACGUGGAAAACAUCAACAUCUUGCACCGCCAUCGAAAGUGGCUAAAGUAAAUCGUCUUCGCUUCUUUGGUCGUAUAUUAAGGAGACCGGUAGAUCGUCUUGUUCAACGAGUUCUGAGGAGUUCGUCGGGUUCGAGCUGGAAGAAGCCUGGCCGAAAACGGAAGUUCUGGACUGAGGCGGUGAAAGAGGACCUGAGGACACUCGGCGUGGAUAGGCAGUUUAGGCGAGACGUAAGGUUUCGCAGAGUAUGGAAUAGCGACGAAUGGAUUGAUUCUGUGCAAGCUCUCGCAGAAGAUCGAGAAGGUUGGGCAGAGCUGUGUUCAAGGACGGCACACCUCGGCGAAGAUGCGGGUAAUCGCGUCAGGCGAUGA